CGACGGUUGGUAACGUGAAGUUGGAACGUCACUACACUGUGCUUCGUUAUCUCAUCCGCUUGUACCGAAACCCGAGCUUCCAUCUGUUCCUUCUUGUCGCCCCAUGCAUCCUGCUUUCGCUUCUCACUUUGGUGGUCUUCUGGCUUCCUCAUAAUUCACCGGCAAAAGCGAUGCUAGCCACCUCAGGUCUGUCGUAACCCAAAUACGCAUUGGACACGGAAGUCCUAGGAUUUCUCAAUCGGACGCAUAAUACACUGCUUACUCAUUGCAGAUGGAGGAUACAAAGGUCAUCUAUCAUAUAGACGACGAGGAUACUCCUUACUUGAUCAAAUUGACAAUUCCUCCGGACACCGUUACUCUCGGCGAUUUUAAAAAUGCUCUGAACCGUCCGAACUAUAAGUUCUUUUUUAAGUCACUUGACGCCGAUUUCGGUGUCGUCAAGGAGGAGAUUAGCAAUGAUGACUCUAAGCUUCCCUGCUUUAAUGGAAAAGUUAUCAGCUGGCUGGUUUCCGCGGAUAGUAGCACAAAAUCGGACCACCAUUCAUCCAGCGCCGAUGGGCAAACUUCCGGUCACCUACCAAUCCAGAACAAACCAGUUGCCAGUGCUAACAAGGGAUCUGAACCAGCGCAAGUACCCAGUGAGCAAGAGCAUGCCGUGGGCACAACCGGCCACACCUUGGACGAUUGCGAAACCUGUGCCGAAACGGAUUCCAUGUAUAGCGGCGAUCGUGUACCCCCUCUUCGAAACUUCCACGCAUACAAACACGGUUCUCGGUUACUAAAAUUUGGUCAGCGCGCUCAAAAUUACGAAACGUCCUCGUCGUUGAUGAGCUCUGAUGUGGAAUCGACCAGCUUUUUUGACUCAGAAGAUGAGUCUAGCCGCAUGACCGACUCAACCAUGUCUUUGAACGUGAUUACCGUGACCUUGAAUAUGGACACAGUAAACUUUCUUGGUAUCAGCAUCGUAGGUCAGUCAAAUAAAGCGGGAGACGGCGGCAUUUACGUCGGUUCUAUCAUGCGGGGUGGGGCCGUUGCCCAAGACGGUCGCAUAGAGCCCGGAGACAUGAUUUUAGAAGUAAACAAUAUCAGUUUUGAAGAUAUGAGCAAUGAUGAAGCCGUUCGAGUGUUACGAGAGGAGGUACAGAAACCGGGGUACGUUCCACAUGCCGAUGUGUUUGCUGCUUACUUUUGUCUUUCUAGCCAUCUUCACCUUACUCAUUUACUCGUGACCAUGAUUCAACGCCAACUGACUCGACGUGCAUAUUUCAAGAUUGCUCCCAUUGCAUCUCUAGUGGGCAUCAACGCCCAUGCGGCUCGUUCAGAACUUACACGUUAUCGCGUCGUUCCGGUUAUCAUGUACCGCGUGAUGUCACUUUUCCGUUGA